UGAGCUGUGGAAUGUUGUUAGCUGAUAUGUCCACGCAGAAACCUACAAAUUCUUGGUAAUCAUGGGGAUUUUUCUUCGUAUGAUUGGUGCAGUUAUUGGGGUCCCUGUUGUAGCAGGCUGUGCUGCUGGCAUCUAUAUAAGACAUGACUUCCAGAAACUUCACAAGUCUAAAAGCCACACGUUUGAGUCGGCAGCUAAGCAGUAUACAACAAAUUGUAUCUUUGAGGUGAUUGGCAGACUUAUGAGAAAGAAGCUCGAUAUGGACUCUCAGAACUGUCAGGAGGUCCAGACAGAAAUCCUAAUGUCCCGGCUGCAGUCAGCAAGUGAAACAGUGUAUGGAAAACAGUUCAACUUUGCUGAUAUCAAAUCCCCUGAGGAUUAUUGCCAGAAGCACCCACUUACCAGGGCCAGUCACUACCAACCCUUUGUCCAAGAGAUUGCUUCUGGUAUGCAUCAUGUGCUUACUAAAGAAGAUCCCAUCAUUCUCGCUGUGACAUCCGGAACAUCAGGACACCAUAACCUUGUUCCAAUGAUCAAGGCCCAGACAGUGUAUUUCUUGCUAAAUGGUGUUACUGUCUGUCUGGACUCUGUGCGUAAGGCUAUUCCAGAAACACGCCACCUUCGGCGAACUCUCAAGAUAUUUUACAAUCCAAAGUCACGCACCUCCCCUGGAGGAGUCCCCAUUGGACCCAACUCGGCCACUCCAAAAUCAUCUGAGAAGUUCAUUGACAUGUACAGCACCCCCAUGGCUGCAUUCGAUAUUACAACUGAAAAGGAAGCUUUGUAUGCGCAUCUACUGUUUGCUCUGAAAGACAGUGAGAUUGGGGCCAUCGAGGCAAAUUUUGUGCCUCUGAUACAUAAUGCCUUUGUGGAACUGGAGGAAAAUUGGGAGCAAUUGGUGCAGGAUAUUGCCCAUGGAGAAGUGCACCCUGAAUUGAACAUUCCUGAAGAUGUGCGGCAGAAAUUAAAUGCCCUCUUGAGUCCUGAUCCAGAAAGGGCUGAGGAAUUGAGGAGGGAGUUUGAGAGAGGUUUUGACAACAUUGCCAAGAGAAUAUGGCCCAAUGUUCAGGUCAUCUUAGCUGUGGAUUCAGGGGCUUUUCAGGUUUAUGGCAAUAUGCUGAGAGAAAAGUUCACCAAAGAUAUUCCAAUUUACUCAUGCCUGUAUGCUGCCAGUGAAGGACUCAUUGGAAUCAAUGUCUGGCCUCAUGAUGAAGAAAGACGUUAUAUAUUAGUCCCCAGGAGUAUGUUCUGUGAAUUCAUACCAAUUGAGAAUAGUGAUGAAGAGCAACCUGCUACCCUUCUCAUGGAUCAGGUGGAGAAAGGAUCCACAUACGAACUGGUACUGACCAACAUGAGUGGGUUCUACAGGUACCGCUUUGGGGACGUCGUCCGUGUUACUGACUUUUACAAUAAAGCUCCUGUUGUUGAGUUUUUAUACAGACAAGGACAGUUGUUAAACCUGAGAGGAGAGAAGACUUCAGAGGAUGUGAUUUUCAAGACAAUCCAAAAAACCCUAGAUGACUUGGGUGAAGUAUCCUUAGUAGAUUACUCAACUGUAGAGAGCCCCUUACUCAAGGAGAAAGCCUGGAACAAGACUCCACAUUAUGAAGUAUUUCUUGAAGUGGAAGGAAAGGUAUCAUCUGAGAAGGAUCUGCACAAGCUGGAUAAGAACUUGCGGGAAGCUUCUUUUGUCUACAACUCCUUCAGAGAAAAGGGCAGCAUUGGUCCCAUCAAGGUCCAUUUGGUCAAACCAGGGACAUUCAGGAAGUUAAGAGAACAUCUACUGACCAACACACAAGCCUCCAUCAACCAAGUUAAGAUUCCAAGAGUCCUGAAGGUUGACCAGUCAGCUGAUGUUCUGAUGGCAGGCAUAAUCUAGGGCAAAGAAAAAAGUACUUUUGUGGCUUGCAUAAAGCCUGGCUCAUGCUAUGGGAUUCAUUGCGUUCAGAAUUUCAAAGAAAUUGUGAUAACGUUUGAUAUGGACAUUCCAGCUAAUAAAAUCUUACGGAUUAGAGGUCAGAAUAGUGGUAGGACUGCUGAAAUCGAAAUUCAGUCCAGUUCAAGCCUCCCCGAAUGAAUGAAAACAAAUUCAAUUCCAAAUCGUAAUGAUGUCAUC